UCGCGGGGCCGCCAUGUGUGCGGGCAGGGCCGGGCUGCGGCGGCUCGGCCCGGCCGGGGGCAACGGGGGUACGGGCUGGGGCAGGGCACGGCGGUGGGCCAGCCAGACCCAUGGCACCCCCAGCAUGCCGAGGCGCAGCAGGAGGAGGAAGAGCAUCACCAUUGCCUAUGAACCUGGGCAGGGGGAUGGUGUUGAGCCCCAGAGACCACGCUGGGAGCCCAGGGACUGGCGGGAGCAGCUGGAGCGCAUCCGGGAGAUGAGGAGGAGCAGAGAUGCUCCUGUGGAUGAGAUGGGAGUGGACAAGUGCUAUGACACCAGUGCACCUCCAAAGGUCAUGCGCUACCAAGUGCUGCUGUCGCUGAUGUUGUCCAGCCAGACCAAGGACCAGGUGACGUCGGCCGCGAUGCUGCGCCUGCGCCAGCGCGGCCUCACCGUCGACAGCGUCCUGCAGAUGGACGACGCCACGCUGGGGCAGAUCAUCUACCCCGUGGGGUUCUGGAGGAACAAGGUGAAGUACAUAAAGCAGACGACAGCCAUCCUGAAGCAGAAAUAUGGGGGAGACAUCCCGAGCACUGUGGAGGAGCUGGUGCAGCUGCCAGGGGUUGGGCCCAAAAUGGCCCACUUGGCCAUGAACAUUGCCUGGGACAGUGUGUCUGGGAUAGCUGUGGACACCCACGUGCACAGGAUCACCAACAGGCUGAAGUGGGUGAAGAAGGAGACCAAGAAUCCCAAGGAGACUCGGGUGGCACUGGAGGACUGGCUGCCCAGGGAUCUCUGGAGGGAGAUCAACUGGCUCCUGGUGGGCUUUGGCCAGCAGACCUGCCUGCCUGUGAACCCUCGCUGCAGCCAGUGCCUCAACCAGGACAUUUGCCCAGCGGCCAAGAGGCGCUGAGGGAUCAUCCAGCCUUUGGAGAGCCACAAAGCUGCUUGGGCUGAGCAGCAGCUGAGCUGAGCCCUGGUAAAGCUGGGCCUUGCACGGGGCUGGCUGUGUGACUGCAGGGAACGGGAGCUGCUGGAGCCAGCUCAGCAUCUCGGGCGGGAGCAGCUGCUGGCGACGGCUCAGCUCUCGAGCAGAGAACGGGGCUUGGAGAGUGCAGCAGUCCUGCUGUGCCAGUGCUGGAGGCUCCAGCCUGUGUGAAUGCCUCAGCAGGGCCCAGCUGUGCCACACUGAGUCACUGCAGAGAGAAGCUUUGUCCUCAGGGCCUCGCUGCUGCUUGUAAAUACACAUUUAAUAAAGGUGGUGGGAGCUUUUUUUGCA